AUGAUAGGCGUCCCCUCGAAACUGCUCGGACUAACAAUUGUGCUGACUGCGACCAACUUCGCGGUCCUCCAAGAGGCUAAAGUGGAUUAUUGGGCAGAAAUCCUUCGUCAAAUUGGCAAAGAGCCGUCAGUGGCGGGGACCACCAUCCGUUCUCAUUGUGGCCGUAAUCGUUACGAUGGUCGAUAUUUUGGCUGGCGAAGUGUCUUGAAGAGAGUUGUCGGUGGUGAAAUCUCUCGAAAGGCGGAAUGGCCGUGGUUGGUGUCACUUCAGCUCAAACCGGUGUCGAGGAAUCAAGUUACCAAACGUAUACCAGAUGAUUUGUUUGACCUGGAUAAAAUCGACAUUAAUGACUACGAGUCGCUGGAGAAACUGCAAUAUGCGUUGACGCAGCUGAAGCUGCGUCUCAAAGAGAUGUCCCCAGAAGAGUAUCAGGAGCAAAACGGAAUCGAUGAUACCUUCAAUAUUCGACCACCGGAGAAGUUAGAGGGACAUACAUGCGGUGGAGCAUUGAUCAGUCCAUACUGGAUAUUAACCGCCAAGCAUUGCUUUGAGAAAAAAUGGAAUCCGUACUUGACUGCAUCCCCGGAUAGAUGGAUCGCAGUUCUGGGUGAACAUCACUUAAAGGAGCAUGAGCUACACGAAGCUAUUUACGACGUAGUGAAAAUAAUCCGCUUCCCAGAUGACGAUUUCGCAAAACGCGAAGGUAUAAGAAAUGACAUCGCGAUGGUGAAGCUGGCUCGGCCCGCGAAGUUGGAUGAAUAUGUCCAGUUGGCCUGCCUCCCCUAUCUGGACGAAAAGUUUGAGGACGGAUUGAUGUGCUCUGUUGCAGGAUGGGGUGUGACCACAGAAAGUCGAUGGAAAUAUUUCCGCGGUUCCUCAACAUAUCAGCAUACCGCUAAACCCCACGCGUUUCGCUUGAACCGUCAAUGUUGUGUGCCGGUGGUGACGAUGGCAAAGACGCCUGCCAGUACGACUCCGGUGGCCCACUGUUGUGUCGAUCAAACCAAGACAACCAAUGGAUCGUCACAGGAAUCGUCUCGUACGGUGUCAGUUGUGCAUCAGUCUAUCCUGGAAUCUACACACGAGUGUCGUAUUUCAUCGAUUGGAUCAAGAAGGUGA